AGCAGACUGCCGAACACCAUCAAGAUCUAAUGGUUGUACCAGCUUUUGAGGACAUCCUGGACGCUAUCGGCUCUAGAGGAAAAUUCCAGAAGAGAUUAAACAUUGUUUUCAAUUGCUUUGGUCCAAUCAUCAACUUACUGAGUGUCCACACGUACAAUUUUGCUAUGCAGACUCCCGACCACUGGUGUCACGUUCCAGGCAGAGAGCACACCAACUUUACACUUUAUGAGUGGAAGAGCGUCACUAUCCCCAAGGAACGAGGAACAUUCAGCAAGUGCCGGAUGUACAACGGGAGCGCCCUGGACGCUGCUCCUACGGUACCCUGCCAGCACGGCUGGGAGUACGACGACACGUGGUACUCUUUGACGGUGCCGUCACAGAUGAACUGGGUCUGCGACGACAAGCACAUCGUUAGUGACGUCAUGUUCUACGCGCAGAACAUCGGUGUGCUCCAGGGACUCCUGUUCGGCUACCUGGGUGACAUGUAUGGACGUCGGCCACAGCAGUUUGCCUGCUUGGUGGGACACAUCGUGAGCAGGGUAGCGCUUCUGUUCACCCCAUCACAAAUCGCGCUGUUUGUCAUGGCGGAGUCGCUGGUGUCGGGUGCUGCAGGACUCAUGAUAGAAUCGGCCAUUUCUGUAGGUCUGGAGCUGACGGAUAUCAGAAACCGAUCCAGCAUAAAUUGCAUGGCAAACGUUGCUCUGGCUGUCGGAUUGGCUUUUGCCAGCUUGUCUGUUCAGAUGUUUCCCAGCUGGAAGUAUUCCAUACUUUUUGCGGCACUGUGCUGCCUUGUGUUACUACUCUUCUACAGGUGGUUCCCCGAGUCGCCGCGCUGGCUGACGUGCAGAGGGCGCGAGGAGGAGGCGCUGAGCGUGCUGCGGCGAAUCGCGGCCACCAACGGCGCCAGCUUGCCGGCUUUCACCCAGCAGGUGCUGCACAGCGUGGCCAAGACCAAGCGGGACCGCAUGGGCUACCUAAGCAUCUUCUCCAGCUGGAACCUCUUCAAGAACACACUUCUGCUCGUCGUUGCCAGGUGCAUAGCAUGGGUGACGAUGUUUUCGCUGGUGCUGAGCGUGGGCACCAUCAGCGUGAACCCGCUGGUGACGGUGUCUGCGCAGUGCGGCGCGCAGGUGGCGUCGUUGCUGCUGGUGCACUACUGCGGCACCCGCUUCGGCCGCCGCUGGUCCGGCGUCGGCUGCCUGGCGCUGGUCGGCCUCCUAGGAGUACUCGGCGUUGUGCUGCUCACAGCUGAUGUACCAAGCGUCGCCAUGGUGGCGGUAGUGAUGGCUAUGCAGUUCUUCUCGACUGCCGCUGGAAGUGUCACCACCCUGCAGAGCAUCGAGGUGCACCCCACGUGUCUGCGCCAGAUCACCGCCAGUGUCGAAUACGCAGUCGCUGGCAUUUGCUUGUCACUUGUUCCAUACAUCGUCUUCCAGGGAGGCUCCGUGGACCGUAGGGUCCCAUUCGCCAUUUUGUCGGCGAUGAACCUGCUGGGAGCAUUCUCAGUGUCCUUCUUGCCGGAAACUGCGCUGGAGAAGUUGCCAGAGUCGCUGCAGGACGCUGCCCUCUUUGGGAGAGGCCGCCCCUACUGGAGUGGGAGACUUACGCCCUCGCCUACAUACGUUCAAGAAUAAUAGGUUACCUCGAGUUCGGCACAAUCUCCCUUUUUAUCUUGCAUACUCGGAAAUGAGGAACAGUUUGUCUACUCAAACACGGAAAACAGCUUUAGCGAUCAUGCUCAGACUGGCUGGUCGCACAUGAUCAACGACUUUAAACAAGGACGACUCUUGUGUGGGAGAUAACGAGGCUGCCCGGUACAUCACAAUAUUUGUGACAUGGGAGAUACGUACUUUAGAAAAAACUUAGAAAAUCUCAAUAUUUAUGUUCGGUACUAGUUGCUUUCCCUCAACGUCACAAAAAAAGAAAGAAAUGCUCCUGUUUCAAAGUAGCCACAGCCUACGUAUGAACUAACUAGAUUACCACGCACACAGUGCUUUGUCAUCACAUAAUAAGAGCAUUCGAUGGCUCUGAACGUCCAUGUCACAGGCCCAACGAGCUGGUUCAGAUGUGCCUUCAACAAAAGAUAGCUCUCGUAUCUGUUGCUAAGGUAUAUGGAAACUGCCUUACCACUUGUGCCCAAAUUUGUCUUCCGCUCUGAUAUUUGUCAACUCACAGCUGCCCCUCUGGUGAGGAGGAACCAUCCAAUUUGUGCACAACUGAAAGUUCAGAUAUCUCAAGUUUCUUAGUGGAUGCCAGUGGAACCAAAGCUCUUCAGGUACCACAACGUGACUGAAGUCGUGGUCAAACUGCCUGAAACCUCUCGAUUAGCAUUUCUAGCUGCUUCCGAACAGUGGCCAGUUCCGCUUGUAAUUGUGGGAAAGAAGUAUAGUCACUAUCCGUCUCCCGCAACGUAGAAAUCUGAGAAGGGUUUUAAGUCGAGUCAUGAUACAAUCAUUUAAAUGAAGACCGAACUAAGUCUCCUAAAAUUGAUUAAACUACGGCAGUUCGAUGCUAAUCUACUGAAUUUACGAACUAAAGAGAAUAAAAAGAAGAAAAUAGGAACGAAUCCAGGCGUAUUUUAGACAGCAAUAACAUUUUACUCGCAUAAAUUACAGACACUGAGCACGUUUACACGGAACAGAUACACACAGUAUGGGAAAAGUUAAAGUCUUACGCAAGUCUGUUAAAAAUAAUCUAAAAGUGAUGUAUUUAUCAAUUAUUCCUGAUUGUACACCCGAUGUCAGACAUAUAGAGCAAAUUACCGUGAUCACUAAAAUUGUUUAUAUUGUCAGAUAAACUGUUGGACCCUCCGUGGAUACGUCGUAAUUAAUCAGCUGCAGGAAAUGUUACUUGAAAAUUUACGUAGACAAGAUAUGAUCAUCGGAACAACAUGACACCGAAGGAAAGUAUUCAUAAUAAAUUUGGGAAUUGUUUAUGUAAACCCCUGUGAAUUUUAUGUUUCUUCCACGUUGAAUCAUGAGAAGAAUUGGUCCGCUUCCUAGUGUGUGGAAGUGAUCUCUUUCUUAUUUUGUGUUGUUCAGUAUCUCAGUAUCCUCCAUCAGAUUAUUCACGGCACCACGAUAGCCUCUAGAGUCAUGUACAACCACCAAUAGUAAAACCUUUAAGUAAUAGUCUUUGACUAAAUGUAACAAUUUUCAUACUUCUCCUAGAAAAAGUUUUUCAGAUGUGUAUUAGAUCACAAAAGAAAUGUUCUUCGAAAUUCGUGUCCUAUGAUAACAAGGGCAGUAGCCCAUGGACUGCUUACAAAAAACUCCUCUUUCAAGUUUGUCGUCGCCAUUUGACAUUUUACAAAGUCAACAUGACCAGUCAAACUAGAGUUUAACGUCACAUGCAUGACGACAUCUUCAGAGGGGGAUAGAGGAAGAAUGAAGUAGCAAAUCUUUCGAUCCCCUUCAAAGGAACCAUCCUGGUAUUCGCCUUAAAAGAAUUACGGUAAUCGUGGAAAACUUUAGUCUACCUUAGUCUGGUCAAUGAGUCAGGUUGCUCGAUAUGUAAUAGAUCAAUGUCUCCAUUCUAAUUGUAAUAAAUGAACUGGAAAAUACCGAAUAAUAUUUCAAGCAAUAGUUGAGCGAUUUGGAGUUUUAGAAAUUUUAUUGUAGGUGCAGGACAGUUAGUUAAGGAAAUUGAGAUUUCAGCCAAAACUUACUUGGAGGUAAAGAAAUUCGUUCAAUUACGAAUCAACAUAGGAAAUCUCUACUGACUCCAAACAAAAAUUUAGAGCAAACAUAUAAUACUCUAUACUGGACAUUGAGGAAAUAUUCAAGUACUAUCAUUUAAUGGUAAACGUGGUAGGUGUCUUUAAGGAUCCAAUAAAGAAAAGACCCAGGUAAAUAAUGGACCCUUGUUACUGCUGGGAAAAGCUUUAAGGCAGCCGAAGGUGAGAGGAAUUUUUUUCCUAUUCCCUUGAAGGACAUAGUUGUUGCUGGACUUCGCGCAGAACUGUCAUAAGUAACCAAUAUCAUAAUAGAAACCAACACUUGAAAUGUGGGUUGUGCUAUCUGACACAACAAGUGGAAAAAUGGGUGUCCUUAUCUGAUUAUAGUCCUCCACAUUUUUAAAGAUAUCUCUAUAACUUACAAGAGAACGUUUUUGAAAUUAUGGGUAGUUAAAAAAUACCUCCAAAAGUCAGUAAGGCUGCUGGGCACAAUCGUCAGUAUUAGCAGACAAUAACACAAUCUGGGAGCAAAGCUCUGAAGUCCCUUUGAAAGAUUUUCCCAGCGAGAAAAAUACCACUGAUCUCUUAAUAAGAGUGAGAUCAGAAUUUAACGAGUUCUGAUUGACUCAAAGUGUUCCUGUCACGUUAGAAGAUCAUUUUCAACACAUCGUUCAAAAAUACCCCAUAAAUAUUAUAAGUGCUGAAUAUGUAUAUUAAAAGAAUUUUCAUAGUGUUUCUUAACACUAUCCGUUUAUUUUUACUUAUUUCUCGGAUUCUGUUUAGUCCCAGUUAUUAAUCGUGGUUUCCCAAAAUUUAGUUACUGUAUAAUCCUUUUCUUGGUAGCAUAAAUGGAUUCAAUUAUGACUGGAUUCUAUUACACAUACGAAGAGACAAACAAAAUCAUUAGGGUUCAUUUUUUUGUGUAGGUCAUAUUAUCCUGAAACAUUAAAAAAUGACUUCAGUCCCCCAGGUCAAAGGAAGAUUUUAAUGGCUUCCUUAGGUUGUAAGGCAACUGGAUAUUCUAUCCAAAAAAUAUCCCAUCCGCAAUCCCUAUGUCCCAUUUCUGGCUGAGAGUUGGCUGAAAAGAACAGAAUUCUCCAAUGAGCCAAAUCUAAAACAGUCUACAGUGAUACAUAGACAAAAAAACUGAAUUCAAAUUAGUGACAUACAUGCUACAAACUCAGUACAAUACUACCUACAAACAUAUGUAACUACUUAUCGUGGUAAUCGGGAUUGGUAGUUUUGUUAAAUUCUAUAGUUACAGUGAUUAAUCAAAAAAAUAAAUACUGAAUCUGCAAUAUUAUUCACACUGUUAAAUAUUUGGGCUAGCGUGGGACUCUGAAAUAACCCAAUACUACGAUAACAUACUUACGGACAUGGGCUAUUCCGAAGCAAGCACGAAAUAAUAUUUAAUACACAGCUCGCGACUCACCGCCUUCUAUUAUGGAGAGAAAAUAUCCGUGCUUUUACGCAAACUGUAAU